AUGCUAGGGUUUAGCAAGGGGACAGAAACUGUGGUUUGUAGUGAAGAAAUCUACAAAUACUUUGGGCGAGAGAAUGCCUUUGUCACAAAUGAGCAUCGCUCUGGCUACGAUCCUGUGUACUGUAAUGGCAAGCGAGGACUGAAGUUGGAGAGCGAGGCCUUGCAAGAGGUCUGCAUUAUCUCAGAUACGAGAGCAAUGUCGCCAGGCUUCCUGAAGCCAUGUGUACCAGAUGUACCGGACCCGGUCAAUUUGCCUCCAUAG